CCCGUGUGUGUGUGGUGUGUACGCCCAGCAUCCAUUGUGAGAUGCCUAUUUUUUGGUCGCCCGCCCUAUCUCGCAGCGCCUAGGCGCCCAUGCAGCCCCAAAUAUCCACCCCGCCACCCACUGACAGAACGAUGACAUGGGUUUACCAAGCCCAACACCGCCGCCAUCCAUCCACGCAUCCAUUACCUUUCUGUCCUCUCCCGCCUUCGCCCCGGAGGCUGUCGCCAACUCUUGCUCCCAGAGAAUGGGCAUUAUCCGAUCAUAGGUGUCAUGAAUGGAUUCUCCAAAGCCUGGCCUAGACCUCGAGAAGGAGCUGACGUGCUCGAUCUGCACAGAGCUCCUUUACCAACCCCUCACGCUUCUUGAUUGCCUCCAUACUUUUUGCGGCGCUUGUCUCAAGGAAUGGUUCUCCUUUCGAGCUGCGACCGCCGAGAGAUCGCCCAACUCACCAGCUCCCGGUACCGCCAUCUUCACCUGCCCAGCAUGCCGAGCAUCAGUCCGAGAUACCCGGCACAACGCCACCGUGGUGACUCUUUUGGACAUGUUUGUGGCUGCGAACCCAGACAAGGACCGCUCGGCCGCCGAGAAGGAGGAAAUGGCAGGGAAAUACAAACCGGGUGAUCAGGUGCUUCCCAGGCUCUCUGCCCGCGGAAGGACGGCGGAAGAGCGGCGUGCAGAGAACGAGGACCGGCGACUGGUUGACGAAGUGCGGGAGAUGAGCCUACGAGAUGCGGGAGUCUCGUCAUCGGUGCCACCCAGGGCACGGAGACGACGAGACAGCCGGUCGGACGAUAGGCCAAGAGCAAGCCGAGACAGGAGCUUGGACAGCCGACCACGACGAAGCGGACAUCACUCACGGGGAGAAGAGGGUGCACGGCAAAGCUCUGAGCAGGUGUAUUCCGACAGUGAACGGAGACAUAGAAGAAGCGAGUCGAGACAGCGUCAGAUCGAGCAUCAGUCGUCCAUCAGAUCGCUCAUCAGCUCGGCGGACAUGAGUGAACGAGAUAUCGAGAGAGAGAUCGAGUCUUUUGCUAGGCAAAUCCAAGAAGAAGGACUUCUCGAUGGACUUGACUUGGAUAACAUCGAUUUGAGUCGAGACGACGAGCUCAGCCGGCGGAUCACGGAGGCAUAUCGUCGACGACAGAGGGACCGAGCUCGACACGAGGCUUCGCGGAGGAAUAAUGCGAGCGGACAAUCUUCCUCUUCCCGACACACGGAGUCAACCGGUACGGAUCCGAGAUUACGAGCCCCCGAAGGAAGCGACCGACAGAGAAGCCGCACUCGUCAUUCCAGGUCGGCCAGCGCCACAAGCCAAACCGAAGAACGAAGCAGGCCACCCCCGUCGGCAUCAUCAGCUGUGUUGGAAGUCCAAGACUUCAGCCGAAGGACAAGGAGGCGGACAUCCAGCGAUAGCCGCAGUGCUACAACUCCAAUCUUCCCCAGCGCAUCCGAGACCAGGCCUGCUGCUCGGUCGUCAACGGAUCUGACCUUGAGGUCUCAGACAUCAGACCCGACGGCCCCACGAUCUAGCUUCAGUGAAUCGCGGAGCGCCAGCACGCCGGCGGUCCCAGGAGCGGUCCCAAACGCAAAUGAAUCAACACACGCAGGCACUUCGAGCAAUUUGUCAUUUGCCAAUCGUGCACCUCAAGGAGCACCACCAAGCGGGCAGGCCCCAACGCAGCCUACAACAGGUCACCAAGAAUCUGGUGCAGGACGUGGAAACAGAACCAAUCGACCCGCAGACCUUGCUAUUGUUCAUUCAAGUGUCGCGAGCCCGGUCAGCAGCCCGACCAUGAUAGCGCACCAACGAGCUCGAUCCCACCUGUUUCCGGAGCCAUCAAUCAGCUGCUCACGAUGUAACAAGCCGCACAUUGAGUACGAAGUCCACUACAGCUGCGGCACCUGUUCCAACGGCCAGUGGAACAUGUGCCUUGACUGUUAUCGAGCAGGAAAGGGAUGUCUCUACUGGUUCGGCUUCGGCUACGGGGCCUGGGCCAAGUGGGAAAAGAAGCGCCAGCAAUCAGAGGGACAAGUGGCGAUGCCUCAUAUCCUUACGGCAAGUCGUUACAUACGACCCCGGUCCACUCCUGGCGGAGCAGAUGGCAGGAAAACCCUUUCGAUUGAAGACCCUCGAAAGCGACUUGAAAGCGGAACAUUCUGUGCAAAGUGUUCUGCAUGGACCAACGAUUGUUAUUGGCGCUGUGAUGUUUGCAACGAAGGCGACUGGGGCUUCUGUAAUGACUGUGUGAAUCAGGGAAGAUCUUGCACGCACACUCUCCUACCACUCGCUCACGAAGCUACGCAAUCUUCCCAGGGACGGCCGGUGAGCCCUCGAUCGCCGGGUCGACCUCCAACCGCGACAAUACUGACUGGUCCCAACACAUCAAACAUGGGAGCCUUUAAACCCCUAUCGUUCGCUACCAGGUGUGAUGUCUGCCAGGAUCCCAUAACCCCUAGCCAGGCAAGAUACCAUUGCUAUAGCUGUACCAGCUCACUUGUCCCGGAUGCGACGCCCGGCGACUACGACAUCUGCUCUUCUUGCUACGGCAACCUCGUUGCCCAAGGUGAAAUCAGUGGUGAAAAUGGCCACUCGGGGUGGAGGAGAUGUCUCAACGGACACAGAAUGGUGGUAGUUGCGUUCACUGAAGGCAAGGUCGGCCAGUGGAGAUAUGUCGCCAAGGACCUCGUUGGUGGUCGUAGCUUGCGCUCCGAGGCCCCUGAGAACCCAGAUCACCAGGCCAAGGGCUACCAAAAAUGGCUAUGGCAGCACGGUGACCAAGCCGUGGCCCGUCUCAUUACGAAGGACGUAUCAGAAAAUGCACCAGCGAGCGACGGAUCGAGCAAGAUGGUACAAAACUUCCCACCUGAUGGCGGAGUUGGCUACAAGGCGGGUGCCAGAUGGGCUUGGUACCCCAAGGCUGGGUCAGACGACGAGUUGCUGUUUCCCCGAGGCGCCGAGAUCAAAGAGAUUGAGGACGUUAACGGCGAUUGGUUCUUUGGGUCGUACAUGGGCACUCGGGGGCUGUUCCCAGCGCCGUACGUGCGGUUGGAGCAGCGAGCCCACGGUGAGACUUGAGGGCAAUGAAAUACCAAGUUGGAAUAGGGAUGGAUGAGAGUUCCGCGAUGUAGGACAGUCUCGGUAAUUUACUCGCAAUAUAACGAUGUAUAUCCCUUCA